GAAAAGGAUCGUUACUCACCAUUAAAUCAGUAGUAAUAAUUGUAAGGGAUAACCGACUGAGCAGGUUUGGCUGAGGCAGGUGUAUUUUGCCCGGGUCGCCUCACGACCCGCCCCCCCCCCCCCAAACAGGGCCGCGGGUGGCACUGCCCACAUUGUGACGCAGGCGCCGCGGCUGAAGGCGAGGCUGUUGCGGGGAGUCCGGCCGGAGACGCCAUUGUUGUUUGAGGAGCCGAAGCUGCGAGUGGCUGAGGGAGGGGGGGGAAGCGCCACAGCGACAGGGCGGCCUCACUCCGCUGUCCGACCCCCUCCCUGCUCCCCGACCUUUGUUUUACACCCUUUCGCGAAACAAUACGUUGGAAGUAGAUUAUUUGUGUGUUUUUUUUAAAUCGGGCGGGCGGGCCCCCGGACGUUGCCUCCCUCCCGGGCCGGUCGGAGUUGCGAAGCUCUGGGCGUUGGAGGCGAGCUGGUGUUGGCGGAUCAUGGCGUGCGGGGCCACUCUCAAGCGCAGCGUCGAGUUUGACGCGCUGCUCAGCCCUCAGUCGCCCAAGAGGAGGCGGUGCAUGCCUCUAACGGGGCCCGGCGCCGGGGCACCUUCGCCGCAGAAGUACCUGAAAACGGAGGCGGCGGCCUUUGGCGGAGAGAGCUCGUCGGCGCACAGACUCACCCCAGAACAAAUAUUUCAGAACAUCAAACAAGAAUAUAGCCGUUUCCAAUGGAGGCGACAGUUAGAAGGAAGUUUUAAUCAAAGUGAAACAAACUGUUCUGCUGAGGGAUCAUCUAAUAAUUUGUUAUUAAAUGCACCAACUUCACCGGGUACAUUAUCAAAGAAAGAUCAGCCAUUGUUCACAUUACGACAGGUUGGGAUAAUCUGCGAGCGUCUCCUUAAAGACCAUGAAAGCAAGAUCCGGGAGGAAUAUGAACAAGUUCUAAACACAAAACUUGCAGAACAAUAUGAUGCUUUUGUGAAAUUCACACAUGACCAGAUUAUGAGACGAUAUGGAGAACGACCUGCCAGCUAUGUGUCCUGAAGCAUUUUGUGCUUGAACGGGUGUUGGCUUUCACCUCAAGUCAGCUGCUGUACUUAUGAGAACUAAUUUUGGUGCCAUGUUUUACCCACCUUCAACUUGAGGGAUUUUAACUCUUCAUCGCUGGCCCACCCUACCUCUUGUAAAAAUGAAACAAAAAAAAAACAAAAAUCUGACUUUACUGGUCAAUGUGCUGUCAGUACAGAGAUUUGUCUACUUUCCACUGCUAACUCUGCUACUGUGAGAAUAACCUGCCAUUUAUUUCCAGUUCAAGAAGCUGAAUACCAAGCAACAGUUGUUAAAUCUGCCUUUUUAAGAAGUGGCACUGAAAAUGGGAAUGUUACCUUCAAACCUUUUUGAAAGGAUUAAAGUUCUGUCACAAGUGAUUUAGUCUGAAUUUUGAAUGUCAUUGAAGUAGAAAUUUGUUUCUGUUGAUCUGAAAAAUAGUGCACUACAAUAUUACUGCAGAAAUCUCCCUUGUAGAAUAGAUUUUAUUUUUUUAUUCAGUGGAGUAUUGUGUUGUGUCAGCUGCAAACAUUUUGUAAUGUUAUUACCUGACGGCAAGUGGUAUGUGUGUAUCCAAUCAAGUAAUUGGGUUCAGUUUGAGCUGGGGAACUGCAGUGGGACUUAAAUUCCACACUUGGACUGAAGUAGACUGGAUCUGAAAUAAUACCUGUCCUUUCAUGGUUAACUGAUCACACAUGAAUUGUAUACAUGGAUAUUGCCAAACAGAUUGGUUUCAAAUUGGGUAUGGGUUGGUGUAUGCCAUUAAUUUGAUGGAGCUAACUUGUGUAAAUGAAGAAAAACAAUCAUUUGUAAACUGGUGUAAAGCUGUUUUUCAUUGUAUUUUGGUUAAAAUUGUCUGAAUGGCCUUAACUACUCUUGUGCUCUUCCUUUUAAACCCUGUUUUGUAGAGGUGAUCUGUUUAAACGAAUGUAGCCUUUUUACCAUCUGAACCAGUGGUUUUAAAUUGGCUUUGAACCUUGUGCCAACAUUUAAGAAUUGGAUAGGUCUGUAAGAUGUGAACUGCAUUUUUUUUUUAAAAAGCUUAAGAUGCUUCUGAUUCCCACUGUUGUUGGUAAUUGUUUUGGGCUUUAGCUUGGCCAGUGUGAUUUUUGCAGUGUAUUUCAAAUACAUUCGUAUUUGAUAUCACAAGAUGCAUUGGAGGAAUAAGCUAAAAUUCAGCAACUGGCCUCUUUGGAGAAAUUUGGUAUGGUGCGGACUCUUAAUUUGAAUAUCUAAUCUGGGAGACCUCCAAAUCCAGCUGUUGGUCAUCUGUAUCUAGACCACAGAACUGAAGGAUUUUCAGUAUCCCAUUAACAGAUUACAAGGAUGAAUAGUGGCAUUGCAGUGACAAUUGUCUCCACAAUAUUCUGAAAUAACAAGGUUAGUUCAGUUAGAAUGAAUUCCAAUUUUUUCUUAAACAUACCUAACCAAAAAGUGCAACUUUUACCUUGUUCUUUGUAUAUUUUGCCCUGUAUGGUACUAACAAGCUUAGUUUUUAAAAAAAAUAAAACUUGACAUCAGACAUCUCCUUUAUCCUAUUUUGAUGUAAACAUUUAGUAUAAAUUGGGGAUGUGAAACCUUGUUUGAAAUUUGGUUUUGCAACAUUUAAUGGUCUUGGAUGUGCUUGUUUGCCUGAGUUUUUAUCUACUUAUGGUUUAGUUGACUUCUGUUAAUAAAUCUAGAGUGGCCUUAUGAAAACAGUCAGAUGGUAAACCUGUUUUUGGCCUCUGUUGUCAGGACACAGAAAUCCAUUGUAAGUUAGUGUUUUUAUUUAAAAACAACUUGUUACUUUGUAGAAUGAGGGUUCUUAUAGGCAGUUACAUACCUCCUUUGCAUGACUACACACAUUCACAUUUGUGGUGUCCAUUAUACAAGGAAGCAUGCUGUUAAGUUUGGAGCUUGCACUUUCUUGAAACCUUGCCAUGUAGUUGCAUAUGUGAUAGGAAGUUUAAGAUAUUUUGUAUUAUAGUAAUGCUUUCUUUCAGUUCUCUCUUCCCUUUGGCAUUUUUAAUGGAAAUUGCAUUUACAUGAUUUGAGUACAUUUUCACAAUUGAAAUUGAAUGUUAAGAUUAAAAGUUAAAACAUCAAACUUUAGUGAUUCACUAUUAUUGUCAAUGUUUAGUUGCAUCUGAAUGCUAAGAUCAAUAUUAUAGUUUUCAGUGGUGUAACUGGUGCAGCUGGAAACGAUAAACAGUACUUUGACUUUGGUUAUUAGAACUAGUGAUAAAGGUUGGGAGUACAGUGACCACACUGGGGCUCCUUGAAUGCAGUGAGGGAGGACGGGCUGAGGGAGAACAUUGAUCAGGUUGGUUGGUGUAUCAACAGUUUAUAGAUGCUUGUCCUUUCUUGUAUCUUCCUGUAUCCCUUGACAAUUUCUUUUUUCUCAUCAAAAGUUCAAGUUCCCUUCUGUUGGUUGGUAUCCAAUACAUCAUGCAGGAUUAAUUCUAGUGUCACAUUUUUCAUCUGAAUAUUGUCUGUGUUUUAUUUCCAGUCUGGGUCAGGUUCACUGAUUUUCUUUACAAUUGGUCUUGAGCUCUUUUUUAAAAAAAAAAUCACUGCUGGAGUUUUCUAAGUAAUGGCUUAGAACACUGGAUUGCAUUCCAUGAUUUUACUGUUUUAUAAACCUUCAUGAAAGGUUUAAAGUCCUCCUGAGCUACAUGCAUCAAGGAUGGCUAAAAUCAGUUGGUUUGUGAUUGGGCACACAUUCCCCCCCCCCCCACCAUCUUCCGUUCCUUUAAACUAAUUUGCCAUAGGAAAUGUUACUGGAGUUAGUGGAGGUUACUGGAGCAAGUGAGCUUUGCUUUCCAAAAGUGGUUUCUGCUGAUCCUACUGUGGGAGAUAGCAAAGAGGAAUUUAUUAAGAGUGGGUUUGGGUGAUGGUAAAGCAAGUGUUUAUGUAUUUAAAACCUUGUUUCUUUUGUACUUUCUCCCUCUGAUUCUUCUACAAUUCCGCCUUGGUACCUUCCCCCAGACUAUUACUCAAUGAGGUCACAAGAUAGAAAAUGGCAGUAUGAAAAGAGAGCUGAGUCCUGUUGCAUUAGGAUAUCUAGCAACUAAACUUGCUGGAUGUAAAUGACAGAAUAAAGGUCAAAAUUGAAACUUGUAUGUAGCUUUUUUAUUUUCGGGAGGUUUAAAAAUUGUAAGUGCUUAGGACUAGUUUUUCCAUAGGUGUAUGUUUGGAAUACAAAUUGGAAACAGAUCUAGGUUUUAAAGUAGCAGAAGGGGCACAAACUUGUUCUAAUCACUCAACAUUUUCAUGGAAUGUCAUAUGAUUUUUAGAAUGUGUGCUUACUUAACAUGCAGAACAGCCAGAGGCAAGGCUGUUGCCUCUUUAUAAAGCAAAUAAUAGCCCUUCUGUUGAGGUAAUAUUUGCCACUUGUGUUCCAUGUAAUAGAUGUAUUGUUUGUGGAGACCAUGCCUUUGUCUAGAAAGUUACUUUACUUCACCAUUCAAUGCCAUUUGUUUCAUUGAAAUUCAUUAAACAAAUACAAUACCAA